GGGCGCACGGCGGACCAGCCCGCUCUUCGCGUGCGCUCCGCGGUGUCCUCGCUCUCCGGCGGUGCUCGGACGCCCAGCGGGAGCCAUGCAGGCAGAGUCGGGCAUCGUGCCCGAUUUCGAAGUCGGGGAGGAGUUUCAUGAAGAGCCCAAGACCUAUUACGAACUCAAAAGUCAGCCGCUCCAGAGCAGCAGUUCUGCGGAGCGUCCUGGGGCCUCCAAGCCUCCGAUAAGCUCCUCCAGCAUGACAUCACGUAUCUUGCUACGCCAGCAACUCAUGCGUGAGCAGAUGCAGGAGCAGGAGCGCAGGGAGCAGCAGCAGAAGCUGCAGGCUGCCCAGUUCAUGCAGCAGAGAGGGCCUGUGAGCCAGACACCAGCCAUCAACGUGAGCGUGCCUAGCACCCUUCCCUCUGCCACCCAGGUGCCCAUGGAAGUCCUUAAGGUGCAGACCCACCUUGAAAACCCCACCAAGUACCACAUACAGCAAGCCCAAAGGCAGCAGGUAAAGCAGUACCUUUCUACCACUUUAGCAAAUAAACAUGCCAACCAAGUCCUGAGCUUGCCAUGUCCAAACCAGCCUGGCGAUCAUGUCAUGCCACCUGUGCCCGGGAGCAGCGCACCCAACAGCCCCAUGGCUAUGCUUACACUUAACUCCAACUGUGAAAAAGAGGGAUUUUAUAAAUUUGAAGAUCACAACAGGGCGGAGAGUGAGUGCCCGAAUAUGAACACACAUUCCAGAGCGUCGUGCAUGCAGAUGGAUGAUGUAAUUGAUGACAUCAUUAGCCUGGAAUCAAGUUAUAAUGAGGAAAUCCUGGGCUUGAUGGAUCCUGCCUUGCAAAUGGCUAAUACGUUGCCAGUGUCCGGUAACUUGAUUGACCUUUACAGCAACCAAGGCUUGCCACCUCCAAACCUGACCAUCAGCAACUCUUGUCCAGCCAACCUUCCCAACAUCAAAAGGGAGCUUACAGAGUCUGAAGCAAGAGCACUGGCCAAAGAGAGGCAGAAAAAGGACAAUCACAACUUGAUUGAGCGAAGGAGAAGGUUUAAUAUAAAUGACCGCAUUAAAGAACUCGGUACUUUGAUCCCCAAAUCAAAUGAUCCAGACAUGCGCUGGAACAAGGGAACCAUCCUGAAAGCAUCCGUGGACUAUAUUCGAAAGCUGCAGCGAGAACAACAGCGUGCAAAGGAGCUUGAAAACCGACAGAAGAAAUUAGAGCACGCCAACCGGCAUUUACUGCUCAGAAUUCAGGAACUUGAAAUGCAAGCUCGAGCUCAUGGACUUUCCCUUAUUCCACCCAUGGGUCUCUGCUCUCCAGACUUGGUGAAUCGUGUCAUCAAGCAGGAACCCGUCCUUGAAAACUGCAACCAAGACCCGCUGCAGCAUCAUGCUGACCUCACAUGCACAACCACCCUUGAUCUCACAGAUGGUACCAUCUCCUUCAAUAGCAGCCUUGCCUCUGGGACGGAGGGCAGCCAGGCCUACAGUGUCCCCACAAAAAUGGGCUCCAAACUGGAAGACAUCCUGAUGGAUGACACUCUUUCUCCUGUGGGCGUAACAGAUCCGCUUCUUUCCUCGGUCUCACCUGGAGCUUCGAAGACCAGCAGCCGGAGGAGUAGUAUGAGCAUGGAAGAAACCGAGCAUGCUUGUUAGCAGGGCUGCCUAAUUGCCGUUCUCAUUGACUGCUUCCUUCCUUGAUCUAUAGAUUUAAUAAUUUCACCCAAAUGGGGUUCUCCUGAUAAUUUUCCUUUAAUAUGAUAUUUUUUUCAUGCUUUCUCAAUAGCCCAGGAUAUAUUUUAUUUUUAGAAUUUUGUGAAAUGAACUUGUAUAUUCUGUUUUACAACUACAGAUGCCUCCAAAGUAUUGUACAAUGAAUGUACAUUAUCUGUGAACUAAAUUCUCCAUGGACUUGAGCUUUCUGAUCCAAGAGCAUUUUGUGGCAGAGAUGUUUCUGUCCACUUUUUUAUUCAGAGGACUCUCAGUUUGCUAUUUUAUGCCUGUGACUUACUUGGAAAUUACGUGUAAAUUUUAAUAGAAUGUAAAGCAAC